AUGUCUCAAGGCUUCUCCACACAGCGCCCCCAGCCUCCACACUUUCUGACCACGGCCGACUACACCGCCGAGCAGCUGCUCGAUCUUGUUCAUCGCGCCAUUCAGUUCAAAGUCGAGUCCAAGUACAACCACCCGCAACCCCGGACCGAGCGACCAUUGACUGGCAAGACCAUGGCUUUGGUCUUCUCCAAGCGCUCUACGCGUACCCGCGUUGCCACAGAGACCGCCACUGCUUACCUUGGCGGCCAUGCCAUGUUCUUGGGUGGUCAGGAUAUCCAAUUGGGCGUGAACGAGUCGUUGUUGGACACCUCGCGUGUUGUGAGCUCCAUGGUCGACGGUAUCAUGGCUCGUGUGAAGGGUCACGAAGAGAUCGAGAUGCUCGCCAAAGAAAGCACAGUCCCUGUGAUUAAUGCAUUGUCCGACAAGUACCAUCCCACCCAAAUUUUGGCCGACUUGAUGACCAUCCACGAAUUCGUCCACCACCGCAACAACAACGUCACCGACCGCUACACUGCACACACCCAGCACCCCCGCGAGACCUUGAAGGGCCUCAAGGUCGCAUGGGUGGGCGAUGCCAACAACAUUUUGCAAGAAAUCCUCGUCGCUUUCCCCAAGGUCGGCAUCAGCGUCGCUGCUGCUGCCCCUCCCAGCUACAAGUGUGACGACGAUGUCGUUGCGAUUGCCCACGCCGACGCAGAAAAGACCGGCGCCACCGUCACCUUCACAACCAAGCCCGAAGAGGCCAUCAAGGAUGCAGAUAUCAUUGUCACCGACACCUGGGUCUCGAUGGGCCAGGAAGAGGAAAAGGCCAAGCGUUUGAAGGAGUUUGAGGGUUACCAGGUGACGAUGGAUUUGGCAAAGCGUGGUGGUGCCAAGGAGAACUGGGUGUUCAUGCACUGCUUGCCCCGCAAACCAGAGGAGGUCGAUGAUGAGGUCUUUUAUUCGGACCGUUCGCUCGUCUUCCCCGAAGCAGAGAACCGAAAAUGGACCAUCUUGUCUGUCAUUGAUGCCCUGAUGGUCCGAGGUGGUAUCUAA